GGUUGGAUUGGAUUGGAUUGGAUUGGAUUGGGGGCGCUGCUGCCGAGAAGCGACGAGGCUCGGCGGUUCGGGGUGAGGAGCCAAAGAUGAGCAAGCCCGUGACGACUUCCACUUAUGUGCGCUGCCUGAGCUAUGGGCUCAUGCGGCAGCUGGCAGACCUCAUCGAUCCGCAGGAAGGGUGGAAGAAGUUGGCAGUAGACAUAACCAACCCAUGCGGUGCAAGCAGAUACAACCAGAUGCACAUAAGGAGAUUUGAGGCAUUUGUACCAAUGGGAAAGAGCCCCACGUGUGAAUUACUCUAUGACUGGGGAACAACAAACUGUACUGUUGGUGAUCUUGUGGAUCUGCUGAUUAGGAAUCAGUUCCUAGCGCCAGCAAGCCUUUUGCUUCCAGAAGCUGUAAGGAUGACAGAAGAAGUUACAUUACCUCUUUCUUCACAGGAAACCUUACCUAUACAUGAGAAGCAACUGCCUGUACAAGAAAAAGAACUGGCAUCUACAAAACCUAUUUUAGUUCAAAGUACUGAGAAGCAAAAUUCAGCUCCUUCCUAUUUGAGUCAAGAAAAUAGCAGCUCACAGUCUAGUAACACAGAUUUCCGUAAUUUUCAGUUUCAUGAGUUGGAAAGUGUUACAAAUCAUUUUGAUGCACGACCAGAAUCCGCUGGAGGUAAUAAACUGGGAGAAGGUGGCUUUGGCGUUGUGUUCAAAGGCUACAUCAAUGGCAGAAAUGUGGCUGUCAAGAAGCUGAUUGCUAUGGUUGACGUUAGUGUGCAGGACUUGAAACAGCAAUUUGAUCAAGAAAUAAAAAUAAUGGCAAAGUGUCAGCAUGAGAAUCUGGUAGAAUUGGUUGGUUUCUCAAGUGAUGGUGCUCAGCCAUGUCUGGUGUAUGAAUACAUGCCCAACGGUUCAUUGCUUGACAGACUUGCUUGUUUGGACAACACUCCACCAAUUUCUUGGAAUACAAGAUGUAAAAUUGUUCAAGGUACAGCAAAUGGCAUCAACUAUUUGCAUGAAAAUAGCCAUAUUCACAGAGAUAUUAAAAGUGCAAAUAUCUUACUAACUGAUACGUAUGUGCCCAAAAUUUCUGACUUUGGACUUGCAAGAGCCUCUGUAACAUUCACACGAACAAUCUUGACUGAAAGAGUUGUUGGAACAGCAGCUUAUAUGGCUCCUGAAGCUCUGCGAGGAGAGGUAACACCUAAAUCUGAUAUCUUCAGUUUUGGAGUGGUCUUACUAGAAAUAAUAACAGGUCUUCCUCCAGUAGAUGAAAACCGGGAGCCACAGCUACUGUUAAGUAUCAAAGAUGACAUUGAGGAUGAGGAAGCAACUAUUGAGGAUUACGUUGAUGAAAAGAUGAACGACUGGGAUGCACUUUCAGUUCAUAAAAUAUAUUCAGUUGCUGAUCAAUGUCUGAAUGAGAAAAAAAACAGAAGGCCAGACAUUAAGACGGUCCUACAGCAUCUACAAGAGAUAAAAACUUGAUACAUGUUUUUUCUGAUAUACAAAUGGUUUUGAAAUGCAGUAGACACCAUUAGCAAAUAUUUUAUUAGCAUUUAGUGCAACAUUAUCAGCUUUUCUGCUUUGUGGAACUUUCUGGUUUGCAUAUAUGGUGUGCUCUUGGCCUGUCACCAUCGCUCUGUUAAUAGUAACUGAGCAGCCUUUUCACAUUUCCUUACCAGCUGAGCCCUCAACAUGAGAACUUAUUUUGUGUUAACAAAUUGCAGUACUGGUAUGUCUUCUCCACAGCUUUGUAAAUUUCCAUGUUAGAAUCUAUUUGAUUCUUUUGAUUUCCAGGUAUCAGUUAUGUCUACUGUAAAGACAUAUGGCACUAACAGGGUAGAGUGUUUUUACUGUACGUUGUCUUCUUGACCAGGUAUACGAGAACUUUUUCUACUUAAUAGAUACAAAUGACACUUUGUGUUGUCUUUUGGGGAAGAGAUGAUAGUAGUACUCAUUUAAAACAAACUUUAUUUAGCAUUCCAACUCGAGAGUUCAUAUUAGUUUGAAUGGACUGGUAGUGUUUGUGAAGUGUUUGUGAAUUUAAAGAUUUUUCAGAAAGACUUCUCAGGAUUAAUUUUAGUCAAAUAAAUGCCACAAGGCACAUUCUAGGUUGGUGUGGAGGUUUUUGUUUCAAAAAUAAUUAUCUUGCAACACAAAUGCAUAUGGCCUCUUCCGGUGAACUGUACAUGAUGACAAACCACUUAAGUUUUGUUUAAGUUCUGGAUUAUAAACACAGAUAGUAUAUUUUGUUAAAGGGGACAGAAUAAUAAUUCUAAGAUGAAUUCUACGUUUUCCUUAGUCAAAUAAUGAAGUUCUUUAGGAAAAAAAAAAAAGUAUGUGUCUGUAUAUUAAUAAAUAAAUAUUAAAAUGCAUUUUUAAAAAAGCAACAUGUAAAGCUUUCUAAAAUAGAUAUAUUGACAGAUCAAAGCAGCCUAAAUGGAAUGAAGGUGCCUAGUAUGAUUCCAGAUACUUUGGACUAAGUAGGUAUAAAAGUACUACUGUUGUAAAUAAAAGAGGUUAUUUUCAUAUAAACCUUUUCUGCAGCUCAUGAACUUUUUUUUGACAGCUUAAUGGUAGGGAAAUCAGGCUUACAGCUAAAUUUGAAAUUCCAAGAUUAUCAAAGAAUAAGGAAACUCUGAGAAAUAAUCUGCCUGCAUUCACAUAUAUAUGUAUAUAUAAUUGUAGAAAGUAUGUGAUUUCUAAGUCUUGUAUUUACGACAUUAGGUCUCUGGCUAUUAACUUGUUCUGUAUUGUCUUUUAAAACUGGUAGUUUAAUUUAGAAACAGAUAUCCACCUAAACAGUCUUCAGUUUUAUUGAGUGUAAACUCUAAAAAGCUGUUAACAAAUACUCUGCAUUACCAUUACAGAUUAUUAUUUCUGCUAUUAAAACUUUGAGCCUUGAAAACAAUAGUCAUUUUAUGUUGCUUGCAUUUCUCAUAAUAACAUUAUGCUAACCUCACUGCAUGGAGUAGAACUAUACAGCUCUCCACCUGGGCUUGUGGAGAAAAAAGCUGUUAUAAUCCUAAAUCGGAAUAAAAACUGCUUAAGUCAUUCUUCAGUUUUAAACAUCUCCUUCAGCUGUUCCAUGAAGGUUUCUUAUUAGCUCACGUCUGCUUUUUACUGUUCCUUGGAGCUAGAAUACAUCCUGAAGUGUGUUUGAUGUAGUAACUCACCAGCAGCGCUGUUCUACCUCUCUGGUGCAGUAGAACUAUUUGUGUUAUGGCUGUCUAAGUAUUAGAAAGUAUUCAUCUAAGUAUUAGAAGACUCUUCGCUGUAAGCACAUGCGUGUCUGUUCUGCCAUAGCAGACUGACUAUUUGCAGUGCUGCUGUUGGCCCCUUGGUCUUGGCAUUUCCCUCACUGAAAAUGCAGCAGGUUAGCUACCCUUUCAUAAAAGAAAAAAAAACCAACAGAACUCUUUAUUCGAUUGAGAUGUUAGGUAAUCGGGUAAAGCCAGCUGACUUCUGGGGGAACUUCAAAAAGCAAACCCAAACAUAGGGUGCAAGGAGGAGGAACUUCCUUUUUCCCCACCCCGGAUUUUUUUUUGAGGUCUUCAUACAGUAAAGUUAGCAGCUAUAGACCCUGACAAAUGGUAAGAGUAGCUGACUUCUAUUAUUUCAUAUAUUCCCUGCAAAAAUAUUAAUCUAUCCUAGAAUCCACACUGAUUUGUAUUCCUUAUUAUUGUAAAGUUUUCCAGGACACUGAUUGGCAACUUGAGUCAUUCAGAUUCUUUGUGAGUAAAGGGAUGAACUAGUUCCAUAGAACUGGAGGUGAGAGAAAAAUUGGUACAGUUCCUGCCUAAUGGAGAGCUCUGCAUGGGAGAUGUUCUUGGGAUAGUCAGGGCUGAGAUGACUGGCCUUCAUCCCCUCUCCUCAGGGAAGAUGCUGUGGAGGGCAGCUGAGGAUCACUAUUGUCAGCAAAAGAGCCAAUGUUUUGCAUGUUAAGGAACAAGGGAACUGUAACAUAAAGCAGUUUAGUCACCUCCAGAAGGAUGCAUAAAUGAAAAGUAGCAAAAGUGAUAUAUUGUAGAUCCAAACUAGAAGGAAACAGCAGGAUAAAAGCAAAUACUAAUGAGCCACAGAAAACUCUGCUAAGGAAACCUCUUAGAAAGAGCAGUAGUUCUCCCCUUGGCUUCAGCAGGAUGUAACAGAAUGGCUGAUGUGAAUCUGAAGAGAGGUGCCUGCAGAGCCCUCGAACCAGGACAUGAGCCGUUCGUGGUGGCUGCUGAGGGAAGGAUGCAGGAACAGGACAUCUCUAUGUGUGCACGUACUGCACUGGAAUAUGGUGGCUUUGCACAGCUUCCAGCUCCUUAAGUUUGGAAAGGAUGCAAGGUCUUCUGUUAGUUACUGAUUGGAUCAGUUUGUUCAGUUGCCUUUGAGCCAACGUACCUUUUAACAGGCACAGUACUUCAUAUUAUCAAAACAAAGACUUCCCUUAUCUUUGUAUGUGGGCUGCCCAGCUGAGACUUGACACCCACUGACCAAAACGCAAAAAAAACUACUUCUGAUAUUCAUGGUCACACGAGGACGUGGCCCAUUCCCUCCUCUUACCUUGCUUCUGCUUCUCUUACAGGAAUAGCUUUCUUCCUAUAGAGCAUUUUGCAUUAAAAUUAUUCUAUUGAAUCCUAGCCCAACACAUCUUCAAAUUUCCUUCUUUCAACUGCAAAAUUCCUGUAUCGCUGAUUUUCCCAUGGGGAUUCUUGGCAGGACAGUUAAAAGAACAGCCAAGCCACUUAAUGUUCUUUUCAGCUUGAAUUUUGCAGGAAACUUCUUCCACUUCAGAGAAAAAAAAAAGCAUUAAUGAACAAUAUCAUCUGAGUUGUUCUUACUACCUCAUGCUAAGCAAGUAACAACAGACUGAACUGUUAAGUCACUGAUCAACUACUUCAUCAUUUUAAAAGGACAGAACUUUUUGAGGUGCCUUAUUAUUGAAAAUGUAAAAACCUCAAGCAUGAA